AUGAGAAUUGCAUUAGAAUGUCUGAGGUAAGAUAACAUUCACCUAAAAGAGACAGUCAAUUUUGAAGACUCUAAGUAUCUCCUUGAAUUAAAUUUUGAAAAUUUAAUAUAUUUGAGGACAGAGCACAGUUUAAUAGUUGCAUUUGGUAUAAAGUAUAAUAAAGCACUCAAAUGGUUUCAUGCUAACAGCUCUGAUCUAUAACAUCUAUACAAAUAAUUAAGUGGGAAGGUGUUCUUUGGGAAUAUUUCAUCUAUUUAUGAGAGCAAAGAAAUAUUAGGUUCUGGAGCCUCAUCAAAAGUGUAUAGAGUAUGUAAUAAAUUAACGCAUCGAGAAUUUGCAUCGAAAUGCAUUCGUAAAGACUAUAUUUAUAGGAGAGAAGAUAAAGAAAGAUAUAAUCGCAUGAUUUAAGAGAUUGAAUUGAUGAGAAAAUUGGACCAUGAAACCAUUGUUAAAAUGAUUGAUAUUUUCGAAGGAGAAAAGUCAUUCUAUAUCAUUCUUGAAUUAUUAUAGGGUGAGUCUCUGCAUUCGUUUUCGAAAAAACACUCAUUAACACUAACAUAGAUUAGAUAGAUAAUAAAUAGAUGCUUAUAAGCAUUAUGCUAUUUGGACAUAAAUAACAUAAUUCAUAGGGAUUUAAAAUUGGAAAACCUAGUAUUGAACGAGUAAGGGAAAGUUGAAUCCGUAAAGGUUAUUGAUUUUGGUCUUGCAAUAUACACAUCAUGUCCUUAUAGAUAAUUGUGUGGAACACCUGGAUAUAUUGCUCCAGAGAUGUUUAUUGAAAAAUAUCCAUACACAACUAAAGUAGACAUUUUUAGUUUAGGAGCUAUAUUCUUUAAACUAUUGUGUAGGAAACCCUUAUUUAGUGGCAAUACAAGUGAUGAGAUAUUAGAAAACAAUAAAAAGUUUUUGUGCAAUAAUUAUUUAAAAAAUUGUUCAGAUGAAACUAUUGAUUUGAUAAAAUAAAUGCUUUAAAGAGAUCCUAAUAAAAGAAUAUCAGCCUCUUAGGCUUUGCAGCAUCCAUUCUUUGGUGAAAAAUUCACUGGAGAAUAAGGAAUUGCAGAAGAAAGUCCUCAUGAAAUUGUCAGAAUGUUUCCACUUACAAAACCUAUGCAAGUCAUUAACUCAAAUGAUAAUAUUCCUGAUAUUAAGAUUUAAGCUAUUCGAGGAAGUUAAUAAAGCUUUGAGCAAAGUUUGGGAUCCAAUUAUUUUCCAUCCUUUGAUGACGAUAUUAAUCGAAUUAGAAAACAGAGCGAUCAUAUUAUUGAAUGA